AUGACGCCAACUUCACGGGAAGCUAGUCAGUGGUGCGAUGUGGGCAUUAUUAAGAGUACGUCAUUUGUGGUGACAUACUACAAUCUGACCUCUGAUCUCUCAACGGGCAGUGGGGAUGUUAGUUCUGAGUUGCUCAAUAAUUCAGGUGCCAAAAGACAGGAUCUCUUACCAGGCACAGCCUACAAAUUUAGAGUGGCAGCCAUAAAUUCCUGUGGUAGGGGUCCAUUCAGUGAGGUCACAGCAUUUAAAACCUGUCUGCCUGGCUUUCCCGGAGCUCCAUCGUCUAUCAAGAUCAGUAAGAGUACAGAAGGCACCCACCUAUCGUGGGAUCCACCACAGAACACUGCUGGAAACAUUCUUGAGUACUCUGUAUACCUUGCUGUCAAAAACGAACAAUCAUCCAACCCUAACGUCACUAAAGUCGCCCAAAAUCCUAGCUCAGGCGCCAGCCAGCUGGCGUUUGUUAGAGUAUACUGCGGUCCUAAUCCUCAGUGUGUUGUGGCAAAUUCUAGCUUAGUGACUGCCCACAUCGACUAUACAACUAAACCGGCUAUCAUAUUCAGGAUUGCUGCUCGUAAUGAAAAGGGCUAUGGCCCAGCUACUCAAGUUCGAUGGCUGCAAGGUUCGUUUGUUGGAUAA